UCAGUGUCUUUCCCUGCGACUGGAUUGGAACUCGCAUUUACUUAAAUUCUUUAGUAAACAGCGAUCAUCUUACGAGGACAGGUGGCCUUAGUACUUCAUUUAUUUUUUUUGUUCUCGUUAGUAGUGUCGCUUGGCGCUUGCUUCAGGACUCAUUGUUAUUUUUUCAAAAAACCGGCGUUGUUUAACAUCAGUUCAAUUCCAAUGCUUAUGUUACGGCAACAGGAUGAAAAGGAACGCAGCUGACUGGGAGCAUGCGGAAAGUACGAAAAAGUCCCUUGGCGUCUGACUACGUCGGUAUCUGGGCGCCUGCGGCAGGGGUGAGGAGUGGAGCUCGGCUCACCCUGGAGCGCAAUCGCCAAGAAGCCAAGGGGCUGUACUACUGGUGUCAGAUUUCUUGAUACAGGCAGAAUCGAUAUUCACCGGUGGAGGAGGCUGAAGAUCUGCAGCAGACGCGGAAUUGCGGAUUACGAACACGACCUUUUUAGCCGGCUGCGACCAAGUAGCUGACAUUGGAAAAAUAUUGAGAAAAAAUCCGCCUUCAAAUAAGCAGAGCGCUUUUGUCGUGUACGACCUGUAUAGUAUCUACAAUACCAGCCUUCGUUGUUGCGCCCGUCCUUCACGCGCUGGAAAAGUGCCGCUUUCAGUAGGGCGCUCGAUUCGAGGCAGGGUAACUUCUGAAUUGGUCGUUGUCCUCCAGAAGGAACGUUUCGGAUUAACGCGCCCGGCGUGCCUGUGGUCUUGUACCAGUAGAGCUGAUCUGCGAGGUCGUCCAAAUCGUCGAGUUUCGUCGAAAUCUCCUGCGCCGGAGACUGACAGAACUAAGCGGAAAUGACGCGUCUACCCUGGGUAGACGCGUAUGACACGCUGGGCGUAUCACUCGACUGCUCGGAAGAGGAUAUCAAAAAGGCUUACAAAAAGUACUAGCUUACAAUUUUUGCUUCAGUUGUUUGUACUUAUUCCAGCAUUUGCUUGGGCAGACUCACGAAUAACUCUUUGCGACUGCACAUGAUUAUGUAUGAAUUCCAUAAAAAUACUUAAAAAACUCUUCUGAGGCAGAGCCUCCGUUUCCACCCGGACAAGCAGGGCGGGGACCAGACGUCGUUCACGCAGUUAAAAGAUGCGUACUAUCGAAAGGGAAAAUCCCCCCUCCCCAUAUCAAAACGGAAUUUCUGAUGCUGGAUUUGUGUACACAAAUCAAAUUUGUAUUGCAGUAGAGGAAUGCACGCAGAUCCUGAGCCUAGGCGGGGGCCUUCUGGUGUAGGCGCCCAGCAUGGCAGACGGCUACCCUGUAGGCCUUACAGCAUCACAAAGCGCCUGCAUAAUGUGGCGGACAGCCUGAGGGUGCCUUCUUGCAAGACAGACCCGAUUUGUGGUCACAAAUCAGCAACGCAAGUUCUCGGAAACAUAGGGAGACUUUUCCCUUUGAUACGUACGACAUCUUGUCCAACGCCGAGCGAAGGAAAGCCUACGACAAGCUCGGGUUUGACAUCGGGCCGGAGCGCAUCGACGACAAGCUCUGGACGCUGGCGACGAGUUUUCUGCUCGGCCCCUACUGCAGCUUUCUCUUCAAUAUCAAGUGCAAAAAUGUCUGGGUCUGGGAGAGUGUAAACUUGUUAUGCAGAUUCUCCAUGGCCCAUGAGGCCUGGAAUGCGGGACUUAGCAUGACAGACUCUGCGAGGGCUCUGCCUUGCCAUUCCUGCAUGAGAAACUCCUUCCCAACUUGGUCGAAAGUGGACAGCUUUUGGCACUCAUGCAACACAGAUUUUUGUAUGCUGCAGAUUUACCAUGACAAGUCACCAUCCUCCAGACCCAGACAUUUUUGCAUUUGAUAUUCAAAGUCUGCAUCGCCGGCGUUAUCUCCUACGUUUGUUCCUUUUACUACCUGUACCUCCUGGCCAUCCUGGUCGAUGGUGGUUUUAUCGGGUUCUGCAUACAAAAAUGCGGGGGGAUUACCGCCAUACGCGAGGGCAAAUUUCUCGUGCAGGCGGGUAGCAUGGACGCCGUCAGCGAGGAGCAACAGCAAAAAUUGAUGUUCCAAGCGAUGGGGCUCUACGCGGGACUCUUUCUGCUGUAUUUAACAUUUUUCCGCAGAAAUGUUUUUUUCGAAAUAAGGCUUUUGCUGCUUCGGACAAAUUUUUGUCAUUGUAACACUACAAACAGAAACUCUGUCUGAAGAUUGACUGUGAGGACAUUGUUCCACGUCAGUUUGUUCUCUGUGAUAUGCAAACCUUAUUUACCACCUCCACUUCAGCUACCUCGGGCUGCAGCUGGUUUCCGUGGUGCUGACCGACACGUUUUUCCUGUAUGCGAUAGUACUUGACGUGUUUGGGUCCGUGAUGCCAAAGGUCACAUCCGCCUUUGUCGCUCUCUUCUUUGGUGUCCUGGUCUUCGCCUGGUUAAUACAGAACUACUGGUAAGAAGUGAGUUUAAAGCUGUGCGGUGCGUCACCCGCCUGAUGAUAGUGCAUUUGGUAAUCUGAAUGUCAAGUACAAGUUUUUAGUUGCAUAGAUGCCAUGCAAAUUUAUAUUUAUCUUAUCAUUAACAUUAUCUACUUUUAUCUAUACUUCAAAUGAAUCUCAGGUUUAGCUUCUACGUGGUUUGCUUUUGCCUAAUGCUAUUUCUAGUAGCCGGCGUGCUGCUAGCAAUUCUGCUCGUGCAUCUGUGGCUCAGCGACAUCGAGCAGGGGGUGGAGCAACGCGUGAAACAGCACCGGACGGACAUGCGGGAACUGAAGAGCAGAGCAGAAUACUAUGAAUUUGAUGAAAAAUAUAACAAAGAAGCUGUACUUAUCCCCGCGCCCCCCAGUCAGAAGGAUAAUUAUGCAUUUUUGCAAAGGUGGUACGUAGGUUCUUGCGUUUCUCUUUCUUUCGCAAAAGGACAACUCUGAGGAUAUUUGAUCCCAUCUUUCUGGGGGUGUCGGGA